ACUGACAAGACACACGUUCAACUCACCAUGCUAACAGUAACGAACAAAAAAGUACACUAGCGCAGCAUAGAUUAUGGGCUCAUUUAUUGUUAAUUAUAAAAUACAGUUUUCGCUUACCAUAUUUUACAGUUAGUUGUAUUUUAGCAACAAAUAAUGUUUAAUUGGUUUAAGAAACAUUUGUUGCUAAUCAAUGUCCAUAUCUCAUAAUAUCCGAAGCGUAGUGUGCAGGUACAUUUUGUUCAUUACUGUGCUUGUAAAACAAACAACAACAGAGCAUGCCGACAGAUUGCACACAUGGCAAUAACAACAGUUUUGCGGCAGCUAAAGUUAUUAAAGGACAUCGUAGUUCCUUCCCUUCCUUCGUUGUGCUAGCGGGCGAGAAACAAACCUGAUCGACAUGGGUGAACAAGUAAAACAUGGCAACUACCACAACUACUACCGGUUUCGUGCAGAAGACAGCAGAUCGAACAUAGUGCGACAACAUCUACAAACGCUUUGGGAUGGCAACAAGCUACACCUGAAAUCGGAAAACGCCAGUUUAGUCCAUGUAGCCGAUCUUGGCUGCAACUCCGGACAGUUCACAGCGAAAGUAUGCGAAAUACUUGAGCAAGUGAGCGAUGGAAAGCGAGUCCGAGCUGUUGGCGUCGACAUUGAUCAAGAGCUGUGCGAUCGUGCUAGUGCUGCCUUUCCCGAUAUCGAGUUCAUAAGUGGGAACCUAUUGAACAUUGCCUCCCAAGAAAGCACCAGCAAUGAUGAUCCAAUCGAGCGAUGUAUGAUGCGUCUAGGGAUUGAACAGUUCGAUGUAAUCUGUUGCUUCUCCGUUUUAAUGUACAUUCACCUAAACGGUGGUGAUGAAGGAUUACGACGCGUUUUGGAUUAUGUGUGCGAUAAAGGCAAAUUUCUAAUACUGGAACUGCAAGCUUGGCACAAGUAUCGAGAUCAGGUUCGCCGCUUGAAACGAGACGCAGACCAAACUUACCCACUAUACAAAGGACUAACGUGGCGUGGUGGUUCCGGUGUGUUAGAGAACCACAUCAAAGACUACAUACGAUCGAAAGGAUUCGAAAUGGUUUCGGAAAGCAGUGAAAAAACCCGAAAAAACCAACACAAAAUCACCCCAAAAAUUCAUUCGCCCAAGCAAAUCGGAUCGCAUCAACACGUUGACCUUUCGGAACUUCCCGCGUAAAUGAAGGGGCAACAAAACCACCCAUUCAUGAAGGUCCAGUGUUGAUGGUGGAAAGAAUUUUUCACCAUCAAUGAAAACACGGGAAGUCGACGGAUAGAGGGGAGUUGUUGAAGUCUUUGGAGUUUCGUUGGGAGACACAAAUCCAGCUAAUGGAAGCGCCGGUGCCGAAGGAUUAUGUAAUUAAAAUUUCUGCUCCCACUUCAAACGUGGCACCCAAUUAGGGAUUACCAAUUCCUCCGUUGUGUGCCGCCAGUCACACAAUUGCUUUUUUUUCUUCUUUUGUUUUAUUUUUAGCUCCCUUUGCUGUACAUCAACUUUCACCGCUGGUAAAAUAGGUAUUUCGUGAGGGGCGAAGGGAGGAAGGGAGGCCAACAUCCUAACUUUCCAUUAUUUUUUUAUUGUGCGGAGUAGGCACACCGUGUGCUACUUGCUGAAACACUGACUGAAACCGUCGUGAUUAAUUCAGUUUGUAUCUCACUGAUUAAUUCUCUCUCCCUCGGAAAGCCAUUUUGUCUAUCGAACCAGAAGCGGAUUGCCGGGGAGGAGGGGUUGUGGGUGGUUGCAAAAUCGGCCUGAUCAUUUCGGUCACAGAAGCGUUCCUGUUUUGCACAAAACCACUUUGCGCAAAAUUUCCAAAAACGUACGCACAACCAAACGAAACUCACUCAGCGCAAGCAUUCGAUUUUCGUAAAACCUGCCGCCCGACCCGUCCCCCACGGCCCCUCCCCAUAAAGAAGUGUAGGAGAAAAUCAAUUAAACAGUGUUCGCCAUGCUUGCGCCAUGGCAACACAUCAACCCCGUGUGACGUGGAGACGGUAUCAAUUUAUUCAUGGGUUUUGUGGGUACCAACAAAUUUCCCAGCCUCCCGCCAGCGCUGCCGGGCUUCGGGUGGAAAACAAAAACAAGCAACAACAACCAAAAAAAAAAAGAAAAACGAAAAAUCGUCAAAACUCUUGCCGAAAUGCGGAGGACUUUUUGUUUGGUCCGGAA